AUGAUGAUGCAAGAUAAGUUGGAAAUUACAGGCAAUUCUGAAGACAUCCCUUUAGUUCGAUGGAGGCAGCAGUGGCUGGAAAACGGCACUUUACUUUUUCACAUCCACCACCAAGAUAGUAACCAGUAUAUAUCAGGUAUGGCUCCAACUAGCAAGCCACACAGCGAGUCAGCAGAGGAGGAGCUACGGAUUCUACAUAUUUCAGUCAUGGGUGGAAUGAUUGCUCUUCUUCUCUCCAUCUUGUGCCUUGUCAUGAUCCUUUAUACUCGAAGACGCUGGUGCAAACGUCGACGAGUCCCACAGCCACAGAAGAGUGCUAGUGCAGAGGCAGCAAAUGAGAUCCACUACAUUCCUUCAGUCCUCAUUGGUGGACAGAAUCGUGAAAGCAUGAGGAAUACCAGGGUACAAGGUACUGGAACACUAAGUAUUCGAGAGACACCAAUUCUGGAUGGAUAUGAGUAUGACUUGACAGACCUACGGCAACACCUCCAACGUGAGUGCAUGAAUGGUGGGGAGGACUUCACAAGUCAGAUGACUCGUACAUUGGACUCACUGCAAGGCUGCAAUGAUAAGUCAUCUAUGGACCUUACACCAGGAAAUGAUAACACAAAGCUUUCAUUGCUCAACAAGUACAAGGAAAAUAUUAUUGCCACAAGCCCGAUGGACUCCAACCACCAGCAGGCAACUCUUCUGCACCACAACUCCACUAGCAAUCAGCGAAAGCGAAUUACCAACAAGUCAAGGGCUGGAUCAGCAUUUCUUAACCCUGAGGUGGAUUCUGGGACUGAAGUAGACCAUGAACCUCAGCUGACCUUUUACACUGACCCAUCAAGAAGCAGACGGCGUAGCAGAGUCCCUGAUGUCCCCGAUACUUAUACGCUUGCUCCAAGGAAUACCAAUUAUUCUCUGCUCUGUUCCAGCCCCCACUCAGCUUCAGGUUCUCCACGUAGUCCUGUGAACAAGACAACACUUACUCUGAUCAGUGUCAUCAGCUGUUUGAUUGGUUUGGUCUUUUCUUCUCACAUGGGCUGCUCAUUAGUUGUCAGAGUCAUUCUCCAUGUACCAGAGCACCUCAUCGCUGAUGGAAGUCGAUUUAUACUCCUGCAAGGAAGUCAUCUGGAUGCUUCAGACUGGUUAAACCCUGCCCAGGUAACCUUGUUCUACCAGCAGAAUGCCAGUGGACCAUGGACAAUGGAAUUAUGUGGGAAACGUCUUCUUGACCCCUGUGAGCAUGAAUGUGACCCUGAGACAGGUGAAUGCUUCUGCUUUGAGGGAUACAUGAGAGACCCAGUCCACAAACAUCUUUGCAGCAGAAACAAUUGGGGAUCUAAUCAUGGACCCUGGCCUUACACAAUCUUUCAGCGUGGAUUUGACUUGGUAAUGGGAGAACAACCAUCUGACAAAAUCUUCCGGUUUACUUAUACCUUGGCUGAGGGGAUGUGGUUGCCACUCAGCAAGAGUUUUGUUAUUCCUCCUGCUGAGCUUGCAAUUAAUCCAUCUGCUAAAUGCAAAACGGACAUGACAGUCAUGGAGGAUGCCGUGGAGGUCAGGGAAGAGCUGAUGAUGUCAUCUUCAUUUGACAGCUUGGAGGUCCUUUUGGAUUCAUUUGGACCUGUUCGAGACUGUUCAGUUAACAAUGGAGGCUGUAAUAAAAAUUUCCGUUGCAUUGCUGACCGAAAAUUAGAUUCCAGUGGUUGUGUGUGCCCUGAAGGACUCAGCCCCAUGAAAGAUGGCCUAGGUUGCUAUGAUCGACAUGUUGGCAUUGAUUGUUCUGAUGGAUUCAAUGGAGGAUGUGAACAGCUCUGUCUUCAGCAGAUGGUACCUUUAUCAGAGGAUCCUUCCAUUUAUAACAUCUUCAUGUUCUGUGGGUGCAUUGAGGACUACAAACUAGGGGCUGAUGGACGAUCUUGUCAGCUGGUUACAGAAUCAUGUGGCAAGGGCACAGCUUGUGUUGAGCCCACCGAGACUGUUAUGAACCAGACAUUAUUUGGAGAGAUAUUUUAUGGCUACAAUAACCACACUAAAAGACUGGCUCCUGGACAAGUGUUGAAGGGGACAUUUAGACAGAAGAAUUUUGCCAGAGGUCUAGAGCAACAGUUACCAGAUGGCAUGAUAGUAGCUUCUGUACCUGGUGAGAACCAGUGUCAAGAAGAGCUCUCAGAAUCCAUUCCAGAUCCAGAUUACUUAACAGGCAUGGUCAACUUUAGUGAAGUGUCUGGUUAUCCUAUGAUUCAAAGAUGGAAGCUUACAGCAAUCCUGUAUCAUGUCAGACUUAGCCAGACAGUUCUCUCUCAGUCAUUCAGUCAUGCAUUGCGCUCUUUGGAUGGGGCCACAUCUCGCAAUGAUUUUGGUGCCCUGCUAGAAGAAUUUGGAAAUCAUUAUAUACAGGAAGCAGUGUAUGGAUUCAAAGAAUCAUGUACUAUCUGGUAUCCCAACAAACAAGUUCAGAGGCAGCUUUUGAUGGAAUAUGAAGACAUCAGUAAAGGAAAUUCUCCUUCAGAUGAAUCAGAAGAAAAGGAGAGAGGACCAAGGGCCAUUACCUUUCCAGCUUACAUUGAUAGCUUGCUUGAAUCUGGGACAACACGCAUAGCAGCUGGAGUAAGAAUGCACUGUGAGAAUUUGGGACACUGCUACUCUUCCUGCCAACUUUGUCAUGUAUCAUCACUGGACAGGCAACCAGAACCUGUGCUUCUAGGGAUCACCAAGGCUGCUCCAAUUUAUGAACUGGUCACCAACAAUGAAACCAUAAAGUCCUUACAGGAGGCCAUGAGAAGCUCUAUUUGGUGCUCUGGGAAAGGAGAUGUCAUUGAAGACUGGUGUAGAUGUGAUUCUAGUGCCUUCGGCACAGAUGGCCUACCCAACUGUGCCCCUCUGCCUCAGCCUAUCUUACAGUUGUCUGCAGAGUAUGAGCCUAGCAGCAGCCUUGUCAUUUUGCAGUGGGAACACAGAGAGCCGACAGUAGGUGUGAAAAUCAUGGACUACCUCAUCAGCCAGGAGAAAGUCACAGAUCGGGUAGACCACUCCAAAGUGGAAACGGAGACUGUACUAAGUUUUGUUGAUGACAUCAUCUCAGGAGCCAAAUCCCCGUGUGUGGUGUUAAGCCAGGCCCCCAGUCAAGCAUCAGCUUCAAUCUCCCUCAUUAUGCGCUGCCUGGAGUCAGAUACCACUUACAUGUUUACACUGUGGGCGGUAGACAACAUGGGAAGACGUUCCAGGUCUAGUGAAGUAAUUGUGAAAACACCCUGUCCUGUUGUGGAUGAUGUCAAGGCACAAGAAAUAGCUGAAAAGAUAUAUAAUCUGUUUAAUGGUUACACAAGUGGCAAAGAGCAGCAGACAGCUUACAACACCCUGAUGGACCUUGGGUCAUCCAGUCUACACCGAGUCCUCUACCACUACAACCAGCGCUACCAGAACUUUGGGGAAUUCACCUGGCGGUGUGAGGACGAGCUAGGACCAAGGUGA